GCCCCGCUCCGCCUCCCGGGCCCGCUGGGAAGUAGGGCAGAGGUAACGCUGUCUGGGCGCCGAGCGGCCGGGCGGCGACAGCGACAGCGACAGGGACAGGGACAGGGACGGCGACGGGGGCGAGCCGGGCGAGGCCUGCAACAUGGAGAAACAAGUGCAGGAAUCCACCGAGGAGCGGACAUUUCAGUACCAAAAUUCGCUGCCUUCGCUGCCGGUGCCUCCUCUGGACGAAUCUUUGAGUAAAUACCUCGAGUCAGUGAAGCCAUUUCUAAAUGAAGAAGAAUAUCAAAGAACUGAGGAUAUAGUGAAAAAAUUUGAAAAUGGGAUUGGCAAAGAGUUGCAUCAGAAAUUACUGGAAAGAGCUAAAACAAGAAGGAAUUGGCUGGAGGACUGGUGGCUGAAUGUGGCUUAUCUUGAUCUUCGCAUAGCAACGCAAAUCCACUGCAAUAUGGGCGGCCCUGCUCCCUAUAUUGAACACUGCUGGCCAUCCAGAGAAGGCACUCAGAUAGAGAGAGCGUGUAUCAAUAUAUGGCACACCCUGAAAUUCUGGGAGCUGUUACGAGAAGAGAAGGUGCCUAUAGAGAGAUCUAGGGAUGAUGUUCUGGACAUGAACCAAUUUCGAAUGCUGUUCAACACUUGCAAGGUUCCUGGAAUUACCAGAGACUCAGUCUGCAACUAUUUUAAGACUGCGGCUGAAGGUGAAUGCCCGUCCCACUUAAUGGUCCAGUGUCGAGGCCGAGUGUUUACAUUUGAUGCUAUACAUGAAGGAAACAUGCUGACUCCUCCAGAGAUUUCCAGGCAACUUACAUAUAUCCAGAAAAGAUGCCAUAGUGAACCAGCUGGACCAGGGUUGGCAGUCUUGACAAGCAAUGAAAGGACAAAAUGGGCAGAGAUACGUGAAUAUUUAAUUGGUCUUGAUCCAAAGAACCUAGCCCAUCUUGAAAAGAUUCAGAAAAGUUUGUUCACCGUCUGCCUGGAUGAUUCUAGUCCCCAUGCAACUCCUGAGAACUACACCGAGGUUACGAGGCUGGGGAUAGCGGGUGAUCCAACUGCGCGCUGGGGAGAUAAAUCCUACAAUUGCAUUUUCUUUUCCAAUGGAACCAGCAGUGCAUUCUGUGAUCAUUCUCCUUUUGAUGCCAUGGCUUUAAUUACCAUGUUAGUGUAUACCGAUCGCAAGAUUAUUGAGAAUGAGGGAAAAUGGAAGGGAUCAGAUAAAGUGAGGGAUCUUCCAUGGCCAGAGGAACUUGUAUUCAUGGUGGACCAAAAGGUUAUUAAUGAAAUUGGACGUACUAAAGAAAUAUAUUACAAAAAGGUAUCUGAACUGGAACUAGUGAGUUAUGCCUUCACAUCCUUUGGCAAAGCAUUGAUUAGGAAGAAGAAACUUCAUCCUGAUACGUUUGUGCAGCUCGCCCUUCAGCUGGCUUAUUACAAAUGUCACGGGCGUCCAGGCUGCUGCUAUGAGACUGCAAUGACCAGGCGCUUCUAUCACGGCCGCACAGAGACCAUGAGACCGUGCACUAUGGAAGCAGUGGAGUGGUGCAAAUCCAUGCUGGAUCCUUCUGCCAGUACUUAUGAACGCCUACAGCUGAUGCAUGCAGCGUUUGCAAAGCACAAUAAGCUGAGGAAAGAAUGUGAGAAUGGAAGAGGAUUUGACCGUCAUCUCCUGGGUCUCCUGCUCAUAGCCCAGGAGCAAGGACUGCCAGUGCCAGAACUUUACGUGGAUCCUGCCUUCACAGCCAGUGGAGGAGGUGGGAAUUUCGUUCUUUCAACUAGCCUGACUGGCUACACUAGAUUCAGUGGAUGUGCACUGCCUAUGGUAGACCAUGGCUAUGGCUUUUUCUAUGCAAUCCGAGAUGACAGGAUUAUCGUUAACUGUUCUUCCUGGAAAUCAUGCCCAGAGACCAACGCAGAAGUGCUGUGCAGAACCGUAUUCCGGUGUUUUCAGGACAUACUGCAGUUAACGAUUACAACUCAGUUAUAAGGUUGAUAAUGAUAUGAAAGAGCCUGUACAAGCUGGCAGGUUAUAUGCAUAACUUGUAAAUGAAACACUACUCAAGAGAACUGUUGUAUUCAAGCUAAGACUUGUAAUGAUCUGUGUGAAAUCUACCUGUGUUCAUGGGAUUUACUGUGGUAGCAGUACCCAUUUAAAAGUAAUGUAGCCAUUUGCAACAGCAAUGCAAGUAGUAGUAUUUGAUCUAUGUCAAACUAUGCAAUAUUAAAAUAUGCCUCAACAAUGCAAACAUACUUGGGAGAUAUGGUGUUGGAAAUGGAGAAUUUAUGGGAGAUUUGUAUUUAUGAUCUUAGUAGUAACACGUAGAAUACUUUGUAGUCUAAUGAUACUGUUCAUGCCAGUGGAGCACUUACCUGUGUACUUCAGAGUAACCACACGCUCCUGUUAGGUGACUGUGCUGCCUGUUCGUAGUGGUUUAUGAAAUAGAAGGGCUGCCUCCAUCAGGCUGUGCUGUUUUGUAAGGUAUCUUUCACUUUUGCUACCUGGAUUAUAUCAAAUAAAGGUUGUAUCCACGUAUGGGGAUAUUCCCACUGCAUUUAUAAUAUAAGAGCACUGCAAUCUGAAGUAUUUUGAAAAAGCCUUCAGUAAUAAAGACAGUAGUAUAUUAAUUCCAAAUUCCUCAGAGUUUACAUCUUCUAGUGAGCUGUGAAUUUCUCUGCUGCUUUAUACUAGUAAUACACAGUAACAGUAAGCACUGAAUGCAGUUUGAUGAAACUCUCAGGAUUUUAAGACUUUUGAUUCCUGUCUUUGAGCAGCUUUGUAUUUUCCUCUCUUUAAAUAAAAUUCUUCUAA